AUGUCAAGAAGACCAGGUGGCGCCCCAAUUCCUGCUGGAGGAUAUCGUGAUCACAAAUAAGUGUCAUAGUAUAAGCAGCAUUUUGAUAUUCUCUUUAAUUCAGAUAUUCCAAUUCAUGACUUAAACAACCAGCUUCGAAUCUGGGUAGCCUAAUUGGUGGAAAAUGCUGUUCACUCUUAGGCUAAGAAAAUUGAAGUCAGAUUAAUCAUGUAAGGAAAAUUUGGUUUUGACAUUAUCGAUGAUGGCUCUGGGAUUCCUGAGACUGAAUUUGAUGAUCUUUGUAAAUGCUUUCAAGAAAGAUAAAGCAACCAAAAAUAUAAAACUCUUAGCCUUGGUUACAGAGGUGAGGCAUUAUGCUCAUUGAGCAAAUGUAGUGAACUGAAAGUGAUUACAAGAUAUCAUAGUUCAAAGACUGGAUAUGAAGUCACUUUUAAGGAUUGUGAGAUAGGAAGAAUUGAUGAAAUCAUGAAAGAUAGAUAAGGAACAAUUGUAUCAGUAAGAAAUAUUCAUGGUGACUUUCCUUAAGCUUAAAUCAAAUAUCAAAGAUCUUGGCAAGAAUAAUAUCAAAAUGCAUUGAAUAUAAUGAAUGACUUCUCCAUGAUCCUUUAUAAUGUUACACUAAUUUUAUCAAACGAGUUUGUCAAUAGACACAACAAUGCGAGAACUAUAAGACAUUUUUGGUAAACUCAUGGGCCAGGUAGUUGCAAGAAAAAUUUAGACACAAUUCUAAACAAUUAUUACAGUAAAACUCCAUUCUGUGCUACUCCAAAUGAGAUUACAUUAUUCGAGAAGCAAAUUUCGUAAUUCAAAAUUAUAGCCUACUUGGUACGUCCUUAUUCUAAUGGAGAACUUGUAAAUCUAACUAAGAAGAACAUACAUUAUUUCUUUAAUCACAAGCCUGCAGAAAUACCCACCCAUUUCAAGACCGCAUUUUACAAUUUGUACUAGGAUUUUAAAGUUAAUCCAAGAAGUCUUCCUUUUGUAUUUUUGCAUUUUGUCUGUGAAGACUAAAAUGCUUAUGAUAUUGUAAAUGCACUUGACAUCCGAUAUAUUAAAUUUCCAGGAGAGAGUAUGUUCUUGAGUAAAAUGAGAGCUGCUUUGUGGGAAUUUUUCAGAUCAAUUUAUAAACCGAUGCCUGCAUCAUAUAAUCUUGCUCCUAACGGAGACAAUCCUGAUGAAAAUGGAGUAAGUCGGCCUUUUAUCAAUCCAUAUGCAAAAAAUCAAUAAAUACAAUAGAAAAAGGUUCCAGAAGAUCCUAUGAAAAAAGAACAAAAUUUCAAGAGCAAAGUAUAAAUGAUUCAAGAAAAAAUUAAAUAAAGUAUCAGAGGAGGUGGUAUUAAUGAAAAUGAAGAGUAUUAAGAGGAACCAAGGAAUAAUAAUUUAAAUCUUAAACAAAGUCCAAAUUCCAAGAAUGUUUAAUAGUAUCAAUAAUUCGGGACAGGUAACUAAGAUGGUGAUGAAAGUGUUGAUAAAUAUAAACCAUUAUAUCAACAGAGUCCUAUAAAAUCACAAGUGAAGUAAGAAUAAGACCUAAGGAAAAAUUAAAGUAAUUUGUAAAAAAAACAGGGAUAAAAACCUAAUCAAAAUCAAGGAAUUAAAAUUGAUCAAUCUCAAAAUAGUUAUACGAAUUCUUUCAACAAAUUUCAAAACUAAAAAUAGAAUCAGUAGAUGAAAAAUGUUUAAAGUAAUAUACCAAUGGUUCCUUUUGGAAGCGCAGAUGAUCAUAGUUCUACCAAUUCUACUACUCCACAGUCAAUCAAAGAUGAGAAAAUAGAUACUUAUACAAAGAAGGGUUAAUCAAGCAUUAAACUUGACUAAGAAACAUUAUUAAAAACUCACUCAAAUUUUGAUCAAUCUAGGUUUGAGUUCAGUAGCAACUAAGAAUUUGAUAAUGAUCAUUAAUAGUCAUAGCAGUAACAUCACAGUAAUUUCAAUUCAUAUAACUAUCAAGGAACUGGAGGGAUGUAUGAUGUGAAGUAGGAAGAGUAUGGAAAUAUGGAUAGUAGUAUGAAGUAUGAGGAUUAUGGAGAAGAAGAUGAUCAGUUUCAACUUAAUAUUUGCCAUGAUCCAGAUGCAGAGGAUUAAGAUAUGGAAAAUAUUAGAGGCGAGGAGGAAAUUGAUGAGGAAUACGAUAAGUAUAUGAAGGAUGGUGGUAUGGCCUAGCUUUAAUAGGAAGAAAUGAUGAUGGAAUAGAUGAUUACAUAGGACAAUAUGUUUCAAUAGAAUUCGAAUAAGUAGCCCAUAAUUUAAGUUGGGAAUUAUGAUGAUUCGGAAGACCAAAUAGAAAUAAUUAACUCCUAAAGCUAAUGA